GGGAGAGAUCGUACCAGUUCGCUGCUUAAUUCAGUUGGAGUCUCAAUAGCACCGGCGCGGCAGGGGUGAAACUCUCUGCCAAAUUCGGGAUACUCAACUGACUCGGGACAAACUAAAUCCGCCUGAUCUGUGUCCAGCAUCACAUCCAUAAUCCGAGUUCACUCGAGGAAUCUACCGGACACCGAAAAGGACAACUUUAUUCUCAACCCCGACUGGGCGUUUUAUCCAGUUUUAUUUUGUUUGCGUUACCCAAUUUGAUCUACUUUUUGAUCCGAUUUUUACACAAUUACGCACGGAAACGAGAUUUUGAAGAUUUCAAGUUUUUUGCUCAAAUUUGUUUAUAUCUGCAAGAUGAGGCUGUUCCUGCUGCUGCUGCUGCUGCUUGGGGUAGGGGCGCAGAAGCUGCCCACUCGGGACGAGGGGCUGUUCCAGAUGCAGGUGCGGGACAAGGCCCUGUUCCACGACUCCUCUGCCAUCCCGGACGGAGCGGAGAUCAACAGCUACCUCUUCAGGGACACGCCCAAAAGGUACUACUUUGUGGUGGAGGAAGACAACACACCGCUGUCUGUGACUGUGACGCCCUGUGAUGCUCCUCUUGAGUGGAAGCUCAGCCUGCAGGAGCUUCCGGAAGAAUCCAGCGGAGGCUCAGGUGAGCCAGAGCCCCUGGACCAGCAGAAGCUGCAGGUGACGGUGGACGAGGGCACCGAGCUCUUCUCCUACAAGGGGAAUGACGUGGAGUCCUACGUGGCCGCCAGUUCUCCCUCGGGCCUGUACCAACUGGAGCUGCUCUCCACCGAGAAGGACAGCAACUUCAAGGUGUACGCCACCACCACCCCGGAGUCAGACCAGCCCUACCCCGAGUUGCCGUACGACCCGCGGGUGGAUGUCACCUCACUGGGCCGCACCACGGUGACGCUGGCCUGGAAGCCCACGCCCACGGGUGCACGGCUACGGCAGCCGGUGCAGUACUGCGUCGUCAUCAACAAAGAGCACAACUUCAAGAGCCUGUGCGCGGUGGAGGCCAAGAUCAGCGCCGAUGACACCUUCAUGGCAGCCCCAAAACCGGGCCGGGACUUCAGCCCCUUCGAUUUCUCCCACUUCGGGUUCCCUUCGGAGAACGACUUUGGCAAGGACCGUGCCCUCGCUGGCAGCAAGGCCCUGAGCAACAAGGUGACCCGCGCGUAUGCUGCCAGGCAGAAGGCCGACAUCCAGAAGGUCUGCAUCGGGAACAAGAACAUCUUCACUGUGUCUGACCUCAAGCCCGACACGCAGUACUACUUUGACGUCUUUGCCGUCAACGCUGCCACCAACAUGAGCACAGCCUACGUGGGCACCUUCGCCCGGACCAAGGAGGAGGCCAAGCAGAAGACUGCUGAGCUGAAGGACGGCAAGGUGGCCGAUGUCUUCAUCAAGAGGAAGGGCAGCAAGUUCCUCCGGUUUGCGCCCGUGUCCUCGCACCAGAAGGUCACCUUUUACGUCCACUCCUGCCUGGACUCCGUCCAGAUCCAGGUGAGGAGGGACGGGAAGCUGGUGCUGUCCCAGAACGUGGAGGGGGUACGGCAGUUCCAGCUGAGAGGGAAGGCCAAGGCCAAGUACCUGAUACGCCUGCGGGGGAGCCGCAAAGGGGCGUCCAUGCUGAAGAUCCUGGCCACUACCAGGCCCAACAAGCAGCCCUUCCCCUCCCUGCCCGAGGAUACCCGCAUCAAGGCCUUCGACAAGCUGCGCACCUGCACCUCCGUCACCGUGGCCUGGCUGGGCACGCAGGACCGCAACAAGUUCUGCGUCUACCGGCGGCAGGUGGAGGACAGCUUUAGCGAGGAGCAGCGCAGGCGGGAACAGAACCAGUGCGCGGGGCCUGAGACCCGCAAGAAGUCCGAGAAGGUCCUCUGCAAGUACUUCCACAGCCCCAACCUCCAGAAGGCCGUCACCACCGAGACGAUAAAGGGGCUGGAGCCAGGGAAGUCCUACCUGCUGGACGUUUACGUGGUGGGGCACAGCGGCCAUUCGGUCAAGUACCAGAGCAAACUGGUGAAAACCAGGAAGUUUUGUUAA